AUGCAUCCUGGACAUCAACAUUCUCCUCCACAACAAACACCACAACAAUUACAAAUAGGCGGUGCUGCACAACCAUCUGCAGUUGAUUCUAUUUCCAAAACACUGGCUAAUAUGAAUUCUACUCAACUUUUUGAAGUCUUAUCACAAUUUAAAUUACUUGUACAAAGCAACAUGGAACAAGCCCGUGCAUUACUAACUCAGAAUCCUCAAUUGUCAUAUGCACUUUUUCAUGCCAUGUUAUCACUUAAUCUUGUGGAAACAUCACUAUUACAGGUAAAGAGAAUUAUUUGGCCCAUGUUAAUCGUAUCAUAUCUUGGUGUUCGUCGAUCUACGAAUCCACCUCCUAUAGCUCCUACUUCAGGAUACCCAGCACCGGUGAUUUCAAAUCCUGUUAAUGUACAACAACAACAACCACCACCACCAUUAUAUGGUGCACAACAAAUGGUACAACCACCUCCAAUACAAGCUUCUAUUCCGCUAGGAAUUCCCGGCGGAAUGAUGCCGAUGGGGAACGUAGGAUUACCUCCCCCUCAGCAGAACCCUGUUGCUCCAAUACCGAGUGGCGUCAAUCCUGUUAAUCCUGGUUUAAGCAAUGAUAUACAAAUACAAGAGCAACAAAAAGCUUUAUUAAUGCAAGUGCUUCAAUUAACUCCACAACAAAUCGAUUCGUUGCCUCCCGAACAACGAAAUCAUAUAAUGGCAUUGAAAGCGCAACUCAUGUAUCAUCAAACUUGA